AUGAUACUGAGUUCCCCGAGUGGUAGCUGCAGCACAAAAGUGCUUCUGCAUCCAUUGGUCAUCAUGCAAAUGUCGGAGCACUAUUCAAGAACUAAGGUCCAACAGGGAGCCAAUGUGAAGAAAGUUUAUGGAGCAGUUCUUGGAAAACAAAAUGGAAGACAAGUGGAAGCAGUCAACUCUUUUGUGUUGAAGGCGGAAACAGAAGAAAUGACCAAUCAAGCCACCUUCAGUGCCGAACACCUUCUUCUCAGGGCCGAACAAUACCUGGAAGUUUUCCCCGAGCUUCAAGUUAUCGGUCUGUAUUGCGCAGGAGAAGAUGAUGAGUUGACAAAUGAAGAGAAAAUUAUUCUUUCGAAGCUCACAACUUCUGUCCGUAACUCUGAAAAGGCGGGACAAAUUGACGCUACUCUUUUUCUGAAACUGAACUCUCUGACUGCUGGAACAACGCGUAAGCUGCCUCUUUUUGCUUUUGAAGCUGACGUAGCCGAUGCUGAGAAACAUAGGCAGAUUGAGUGGUUCCUCGUUUCUGAGGAUAGUGAGCGCGUGGGUGUCAAUCAUAUCGCAAAGCUUUCAACUAAACACGGAAAGGACGAAACAUCUGUUGGCCAGAAACAUAGAGAGGCUCAGGUUGCUGCCAUGAGCAUGCUCCAGAAUCGCGUUGACGUAAGUUUCUUGAUAGUUCACAUUAUCGCAAAAUGCGUGUUUCAGCUUAUCGUUGCUUAUCUGGAGAAGAUUCAAGACGGAACUCUCCAGCCAAAUUUCGACAUUCUGAAAGAAGCCAAUCUGCUUGCUCAGAAAUUGAAAACAAUUGAUCGAUAUUCAUUUGAAUUUAGCGAGCACUUCGAGAAAGAAGAAAAGACCAUGACUGUAUUCUCGUUGAUGCCUAAGUUGACAUCUCUUCUCGGCAACAUGCAGAGCAUGUGGACGAAAUUGGCAGCGCAGCGCGCAGAUCUUCUAUCUGACGAUGGAUUUCACGGAAAAUCGUCUAGUAGCCGCUGGGCUCACCCAUUGAAGUUCAAAUCACAGUAUAUUGGACGUCCGAUUCAAAUGGAGGAUGAUGAAUAUUUCGACGAGGAAGAUUUGGAAAAUGAGAUGAGUGGUCCUCGCAGAAAGAUUCACGCUGCUGACUCGCCAGCUGGUUUCAGAAGAAGACGUCCACCACCGAGAGCGGCAAUGAAUUCGUCUCGCAGUAACACUAGUGUCCUCGCUCCCACUGGAACAGAUGAAAUGGAGUUAUCCGGCCAUGAAGAGAAUGCUGGACCAUCGAGCAGAAACUAUAUCCCAGAUGCGCCAAGACCAUCUGCUUCGGGAAAUCACGAGUCCGAAGAUUCAAGCCAAGUUUCUUAA